AGCGGGGGGCGCGGCCGCACUAGUACCCCGGAGCCCAUGGGCGCGCCGAGCCGGGCGCGGGGGCGCUGAACGGCGGAGCGGGAGCGGCCGGAGGAGCCAUGGACUGCAGCCUCGUGCGGACGCUCGUGCACAGAUACUGUGCAGGAGAAGAGAAUUGGGUGGACAGCAGGACCAUCUACGUGGGACACAGGGAGCCACCUCCGGGCGCAGAGGCCUACAUCCCACAGAGAUACCCAGACAACAGGAUCGUCUCAUCCAAGUACACAUUUUGGAACUUUAUACCCAAGAAUUUAUUUGAACAAUUCAGAAGAGUAGCCAACUUUUAUUUCCUUAUCAUAUUUCUGGUGCAGUUGAUUAUUGAUACACCCACAAGUCCAGUGACAAGCGGACUUCCACUCUUCUUUGUCAUUACUGUGACGGCUAUCAAACAGGGUUAUGAAGACUGGCUUCGACAUAAAGCGGACAAUGCCAUGAACCAGUGUCCUGUUCAUUUCAUUCAGCACGGCAAGCUCGUUCGGAAACAAAGUCGAAAGCUGCGAGUUGGGGACAUUGUCAUGGUCAAGGAGGACGAGACCUUUCCCUGCGACUUGAUCUUCCUUUCCAGCAACCGGGGAGAUGGGACGUGCCAUGUCACCACCGCCAGCUUGGAUGGAGAAUCCAGCCAUAAAACGCAUUACGCGGUCCAGGACACCAAAGGCUUCCACACGGAGGAGGAUAUCGGCGGACUUCACGCCACCAUCGAGUGUGAGCAGCCCCAGCCCGACCUCUACAAGUUUGUGGGUCGCAUCAACGUUUACAGUGACCUGAAUGACCCCGUGGUGAGGCCCUUAGGAUCGGAAAACUUGCUGCUUAGAGGAGCUACACUGAAGAACACUGAGAAAAUCUUUGGUGUGGCUAUUUACACGGGAAUGGAAACCAAGAUGGCAUUAAAUUAUCAAUCAAAAUCUCAGAAGCGAUCUGCUGUGGAAAAAUCGAUGAAUGCAUUCCUCAUUGUGUAUCUCUGCAUUCUGAUCAGCAAAGCCCUGAUAAACACUGUGCUGAAAUACGUGUGGCAGAGUGAGCCCUUUCGGGAUGAGCCGUGGUAUAAUCGGAAAACGGAGUCAGAAAGGCAGAGGAAUCUGUUCCUCAAGGCAUUCACGGACUUCCUGGCCUUCAUGGUCCUCUUUAACUACAUCAUCCCCGUGUCCAUGUACGUCACGGUUGAGAUGCAGAAGUUCCUCGGCUCUUACUUCAUCACCUGGGACGAAGACAUGUUUGACGAGGAGACUGGCGAGGGGCCUCUGGUGAACACUUCGGACCUCAAUGAAGAGCUGGGACAGGUGGAGUACAUCUUCACAGACAAGACCGGCACCCUCACGGAAAACAACAUGGAGUUCAAGGAGUGCUGCAUUGAAGGCCACGUCUAUGUGCCCCACGUCAUCUGCAACGGGCAGGUCCUCCCGGAGUCCUCAGGAAUCGACAUGAUUGACUCGUCCCCCAGCGUCAACGGGAGGGAGCGCGAGGAGCUGUUUUUCCGGGCCCUCUGUCUCUGCCACACCGUCCAGGUGAAAGACGAUGACAGCGUAGACGGCCCCAGGAAAUCGCCGGACGGGGGGAGAUCCUGUGUGUACAUCUCAUCCUCGCCCGACGAGGUGGCGCUGGUCGAAGGUGUCCAGAGACUUGGCUUUACCUACCUGAGGCUGAAGGACAAUUACAUGGAGAUAUUAAACAGGGAGAACCACGUCGAAAGGUUUGAAUUGCUGGAAAUUUUGAGUUUUGACUCAGUUAGAAGGAGAAUGAGUGUAAUUGUAAAAUCUGCUACAGGAGAAAUUUAUCUGUUUUGCAAAGGAGCAGAUUCUUCAAUAUUCCCCCGAGUGAUAGAAGGCAAAGUUGACCAGAUCCGAGCCAGAGUGGAGCGUAACGCAGUGGAGGGGCUCCGAACUUUGUGUGUUGCUUAUAAAAGGCUGAUCCAAGAAGAAUAUGAAGGCAUUUGUAAGCUGCUGCAGGCUGCCAAAGUAGCCCUUCAAGAUCGAGAGAAAAAGUUAGCAGAAGCCUAUGAGCAAAUAGAGAAAGAUCUUACUCUGCUUGGUGCUACAGCUGUUGAGGACCGGCUGCAGGAGAAAGCUGCGGACACCAUCGAGGCCCUGCAGAAGGCCGGGAUCAAGGUCUGGGUUCUCACGGGAGACAAGAUGGAGACGGCCGCGGCCACGUGCUACGCCUGCAAGCUCUUCCGCAGGAACACGCAGCUGCUGGAGCUGACCACCAAGAGGAUCGAGGAGCAGAGCCUGCACGACGUCCUGUUCGAGCUGAGCAAGACGGUCCUGCGCCACAGCGGGAGCCUGACCAGAGACAACCUCUCCGGACUUUCAGCAGAUAUGCAGGACUACGGUUUAAUUAUCGACGGAGCUGCGCUGUCUCUGAUAAUGAAGCCUCGAGAAGACGGGAGUUCCGGCAACUACAGGGAGCUCUUCCUGGAAAUCUGCCGGAGCUGCAGCGCGGUGCUCUGCUGCCGCAUGGCGCCCUUGCAGAAGGCUCAGAUUGUUAAAUUAAUCAAAUUUUCAAAAGAGCACCCAAUCACGUUAGCAAUUGGCGAUGGUGCAAAUGAUGUCAGCAUGAUUCUGGAAGCGCACGUGGGCAUAGGUGUCAUCGGCAAGGAAGGCCGCCAGGCUGCCAGGAACAGCGACUAUGCAAUCCCAAAGUUUAAGCAUUUGAAGAAGAUGCUGCUUGUUCACGGGCAUUUUUAUUACAUUAGGAUAUCUGAGCUCGUGCAGUACUUCUUUUAUAAGAACGUCUGCUUCAUCUUCCCUCAGUUUUUAUACCAGUUCUUCUGUGGGUUUUCACAACAGACUUUGUACGACACCGCGUAUCUGACCCUCUACAACAUCAGCUUCACCUCCCUCCCCAUCCUCCUGUACAGCCUCAUGGAGCAGCAUGUUGGCAUCGACGUGCUCAAGAGAGACCCGACCCUGUACAGGGACGUCGCCAAGAAUGCCCUGCUGCGCUGGCGCGUGUUCAUCUACUGGACGCUCCUGGGACUGUUUGACGCACUGGUGUUCUUCUUUGGUGCUUAUUUCGUGUUUGAAAAUACAACUGUGACAAGCAACGGGCAGAUAUUUGGAAACUGGACGUUUGGAACGCUGGUAUUCACCGUGAUGGUGUUCACAGUUACACUAAAGCUUGCAUUAGACACACACUACUGGACUUGGAUCAACCAUUUUGUCAUCUGGGGGUCGCUGCUGUUCUACGUUGUCUUUUCGCUUCUCUGGGGAGGAGUGAUCUGGCCGUUCCUCAACUACCAGAGGAUGUACUACGUGUUCAUCCAGAUGCUGUCCAGCGGGCCCGCCUGGCUGGCCAUCGUGCUGCUGGUGACCGUCAGCCUCCUUCCCGACGUCCUCAAGAAAGUCCUGUGCCGGCAGCUGUGGCCAACAGCAACAGAGAGAGUCCAGCAGAAUGGGUGUGCACAGCCUCGGGACCGCGACUCAGAAUUCACCCCUCUUGCCUCUCUGCAGAGCCCAGGCUACCAGAGCACCUGUCCCUCGGCCGCCUGGUACAGCUCCCACUCUCAGCAGGUGACACUCGCAGCCUGGAAGGAGAAGGUGUCCACGGAGCCCCCACCCACCCUCGGCAGUUCCCAUCACCACUGCAGUUCCAUCCCAAGUCACAGCUGCCCUAGGUCCCGUGUGGGAAUGCUCGUGUGAUGGAUGGUCCUAAGCCUGUGGAGACUGUGCACGUGCCUCUUCCUGGCCCCCAGCAGGCAAGGAGGGGGGUCACAGGCCUUGCCCUCGAGCAUGGCACGCUGGCCGCCUGGACCCAGCACUGUGGUUGUUGAGCCACGCCACACCAGUGGCCUCUGGGCAUUCGGCUCAACGCAGGAGGGACAUUGUGCUGGCCCACCCUGCGCACUGUCAUGCAGAGGCCAUUCCCCCAGGCCUGUGUCUUCAUCCACCUGCCGUCAUUGGCCUUUGCUGUCACUGGGAGAGAAGAGCCGUCCAGGGACCCAUGGUGGCCCACAUGUGGAUGCCACAUGCUGCUGUUUCCUGCUUGCCCGGCCACCACCCAUGCCCUCCAUAGGGUGAGGUGGAGCCAUGGCGGUGCGUCCUUUACUCAACAACCCUCCAAUCCGGAUGCUGUGGGAAGGGCCGGGUCACUCGGAUACCAUCAUCCCUGCGGAUGCACCGCCGUACCCUGCUCAUCUGGGAGUGGUUUCCAUGCGGUUACGUCCAAGCCCGCCUGCCCUGUGUGUUGGGGCUGGCUGAGUUUCGGUCUCCCCAUCACCGGCCGCCUCGUGGAGAAGGCAGUGCCACGUGGGAGGACAAGGCCACGCCGGCAGCUUCCAGCCCUGCAGCAGAAGUGCCAGGAUGUCCAUCAGCCACUCGCCAGGGCACGGAGCCGUCAGUCCACUGUUAUGGGAGAAUGUUGAUUUCGCGGGUGCGAGGGCCGGGAGACAGAUGCUUGGCUGUGAUGAGCAGACAUCCUCUGUCCCCGUGGAAGGGUCAACACCAAGGUGGUGUUCGUGCACCAGAACCCGUCUCGGGCUGAUGGGGGUGGCCCACAGGACACGGGUGGAUCCCAACAGGCAGCACCUCACCUCCGCCCGCCUCCCGCGCUGCAGCUCUGCCCGCCGGGCUCUGUGUCCCCACGUCCCCACGUCCCCUCAUCCCGUCACCUCGUCCCACAUCCCCUUGCCCCGUCACCUCGUCCCCAUGUCCCCUUGUCCCGUCCCCUCAUCCCCACGUCCCCACGUCCCCUCGUCACCUCAUCCCCACGUCCCGUCCCCUCGUCCCCUCGUCCCCAUGUCCCCACGCAGGGCUCUCCCUCGUCUUAGGCUCUGUCCAGCGCUGCUCUGGGUGGGUUAGCAACCCGAGGGCUGCUGUGAUAGGAAGUCCCUGUUGCUCUCCAUACUGGCAUUUCUAUUUCUAGAAAUCUUUGACAUAGCCUUAAUGGUCCUUAAAGAAGACAUUUCAGUGUGAGAUUCAGACUUCAGAUGCUGAAACUGCUGCCUUUCAGGAAAUCACCACCAACGCUGGAGGAGGAGCCGGCCCUCACGCCCGCCCCGCGCCACGCUGUGGAAUGGGGCUCCGGCAAGUGAAACCCAGAGGGUGUUUCCGAGGUGCUCGACAGUAGGUAUUUUUGGAAGCUCAAAUUUCACCAUUUGAUUGUAUAAUCUUUUACCUAUAAAAUAUUUAUUUGAACUAGAGGGUAAAUCAGCGGUAAGAACAGUGAACACAGUGGUUGGGAUAAAAUAAGGUGACAAAUAAACAUCACACCAAAGAUGAGGGUAGUGAGCAACUGGCUUGAGCAGACAGAACGGGGAAGACUCCACUCUGUCCCGAGGGGUGAGCCGCAGGCGUCCCCAGGGCCACCCUGCCCUGAGGUCCUUGUGUGGCCGCCCUGGCUUGGCAGCCCUGCCCACGCUGCCCCCGCAAACAAUGGUGUGUGCGUUUUUACAGCCCUUUUUAGGAACCCAAUAUGGGCAUAAAUGUAAUACCUGUAGCGGGGGCAGAUUCUCUGUAUGUUCAGUUAACAAAUUAUUUGUAAUGUAUUUUUUUAGAAAUCUUAAAAUUGCCUUUGCACUGAAGUAUUUUCAUAGCUGUUUAUAUCUCUUUUAUUCAUUUAUUUAACAUAUUGUCUAAUUUUAAAAAUAGGUUUUUAAAGCUUUCAUUUUUAAGUUUAUGAAAUUUUGGCCACUUUACAUUUAGAUUCUGGUGAGAGUUUUGACUGAAUGUUCCAAUCUCUGAUGAAUGUGAAUUUUCAGAUUUGAUUUUAUUCUCUACACACACCUCUUCUUUUCUUGGUAUUUCUGGUGGCAGUGAUUAGUUGAACAGCAUAUUUAAGGCACGAUAAUUUGCUACACUUUUUCUUUACAAUUUGUUGCAGUUUCAUCUGCUUUCUAUGUUUCAUUGUUAAUUGCCAUCCUUCAGCCUUAAAAAUAGAAGAUUCUCACCUGAAGGUUUAGUAAGUUGGGUCCCAGCUCUGCCUGUGUGGAGAUAGUCACCAUGUACCUCUGACAACAAGUUUUAGUGUGAAAGUCACUAAACUUUUACACACUCCCAAACGUCUUUUUAAAAAUUGCUUGGGAAAUUAUUAAAUGAAUGUGCCUGAUGAUUUGAAAUAGACAAGGGGCACGAGGUAAAAAAGAAAAGGAUGAGAAGAUCCUCAGUGAAUGACGUUGUAGGGUCUUCAUGCAAUUUUCCACCUCGCAGUAGUUAGUAUUUACUUGCCUUAAACUAACUUUGAAGCAAGUAAUGUCAACUUUGAGCACUUUGUUGAGUUUUGAAAAAUCUUAUUUGCUGCUGCACCGGUUAAUAAAUUAUCAAUUUGUAAUUCAGCAUGUUGGUCAGAGACACGGUCACUGAUUCACACCCAGUCCCUGCCACAGACCGUCUCAGACACGCACAGUGGGCCUGCUGCAUGAGUCACACCCAGUCCCUGCCACAGACCGUCUCAGACACGCACAGUGGGCCUGCUGCAUGUGUGUUCCCUGGCUUUUGGCUCCACGCUCACUCAUAGCCAUGUCCACAUGGGGGCUUGCACACAGGAACACUCACAUACAUAUGUACACAUACACACCACAAACAUGCAAGCUCCUGCACACAUGCAUGCAUACAAACGUGUACACAAGUGUGAACUACACGCAUACACACGCACACGUGUACAUACACCAAAGCAUGUGUGACCUACAGACAUGCAGUACAUGCACAUGUGUACACAUACCACGGACACGCGUGUGCACGCUCCUACACAAUACAUAUGCACAUACCAUGAACAGUGUAAGUUCCUAUACACGGACGUGUGAUACACACUUGCAUGUACAGGUAAGCACACAUGUACAAGCUCCUACAGGCUUGCUCUCACACACGUGUAUGCACAGCAGAAAGACAUAUGAGCUUCUGCACACAUGCAUACACACACGCACACAUACAUUCAUUACAAACACGUGCAACCUCCUGCACACAUGCACAUUCAUGUGUACACACAUCACAAAUGAGUUCCCAGACGUGUAAACACACGUGCACACAUCAUACACAUGUGAGCUCCCAUGUACACACCCCAAACACACAUGCAGGCUCCUGCACACAUGAAUACACACGUGCACAUGUACACACCCCAAACACACACAGGCUCCUACACACGUGUACACCACAAACGAGUUCCCAGACAUGUAAACAUGUCUCCCACACGUGAGCUCCCACACAUGUACACAUGCACAUGUACACACCACAAACAUGCGCAGGCUCCUGCACACGUGAAUACACACAUGCACACACAUAUACACACACGUGCCACAAACAAGUGCCCACUGUCCUGGUGUCCUGCACUGCAUCCUGCCUCCUUGCUGAGGGGCCCCUGUGAGAGGCCUCUGGAUGGGCAUGGGAAGAUGGGGCUCCCUGGCCCCCAGCCCAUGCCUCCCUGGGAUGAAGAGUCCCCCUCCUGGCAGAAUGUCUGGGCUUUGCAGAGCAGGCCCUGGGGGUGAAGUCGCAGCUUCACUUACACCAGCUGCUCUGUGAGCAACGCUUGGUGCCCUGGACAAGGCCCUUCCCCUUUAGGGAGGUCCAGCCUCGCAAGCUGAAACCUCCCCUCGGCUCAGCCCUAUACCAGGCGGCCACAGCAGGACUGGCCACACCCACGCCGCACCUCAUCCCUGCACGCGUCGGAGCACGGCCAGCCUUCCGCCACGAGCCAGCUGGGAAGGGCCGCGGCCUCCUAAAGCCCCAGUCAACCCAGCCUGUGUCUGAGCAGACAGGGUGAACAAGCAGGCCACACCGUCUCGAGGGAGGAGGCCAGAUGCGGCCAGCAUCUCCAACAGGGUGACCAUCCGCUCGGCUUGCUGAGCGUUUAAACAAAUGUUUAGACAGGCUGUGGGGACUCCCCUGAGUUGAGCCUUGGCCAGGGGUCCGGUGCUGUAGCGGGAAACCUCCAGCCUUGUUCUUCAAACCACUCAGCUCAUGUGUUUUGCACUGACUAGUACUGAAUAAUACAACCACUCUUAUUUAAUGUUAGUAUUAUUUAUUUGACAACUCAGUGUCUAACAGCUUGAUAUGCAGGUCCUUGCAUCCUACAUUUCUUUAGGAAGUUACCCAUUUGUAACUUUUAAAACAGGAAAAAUAUCAGUUGGCAAAUGCAAUCUUUUUUUUUUUUUUAAGCUAAAGGUGGGUGAACUGGAAUGAAAAUCUUUCUGAUGUUGUGUCUAUAAGCAGCCUUGAUGGGAUAUGUUAGAAGUGUCAUGAAAGUGCGAUUCUACUUUUGCAGAAAAAUCUAAAGAUCAAUUUAUAUAGCUUUAUUUUUUACUUUAUCAAAGUAUACAGAAUUUUAAUAUGCAUAUAUUGUGUCUGACUUAAAAUUAUAAUGUGUGCGUCACCAUUUAAAAUGUCUGUUCAUUAUGUAAUGUAAUAAAAGAAGGUCUCCAAAAAUGUAUUUAACAUGAAUGGUAUCCAUAGUUGUCAUCAUCAUAAAUACUGGAGUUUAUUUUUAAAUUAUUAAACAUAGUAGGUGCAUUAACAAAAAUCAGUCUCCACACAGUAACAUUUAACUGAUAAUUCAUUAAUCUGCUUUGAAAAAUUAAAUUGUUAAUUAAACCAAUCUAACAUUUCUGUAAAGUUUAUUUUGUAUGCUUCUGUUUUUAACUUUUAUUUCUGUAGAUAAACUGACUUGAUAAUAUUAAAUUGGACUUUUCUCUAGAUUAAGCAGGAGACCUGAAUCUGCUUGCAAUAAAGAAUAAAAGUCGGCUUCAGUUUCUUUAUAAAGAAACUCACACAA